UGCGGUCUGUAGCUUUUUUCUGCUACAUUUUUUUGUUUCUUUCUUUCUUUCUUGUCGCAGAAGAAAAAGUCCCGAAGUUGUAUUUUCUUCUUUCGUCAUGUUUACAUGAUGCAGGUUGUUAGUUGGUGGAUUGCUGUCGUGUGUGUCAAUCUUGUCGCCAAUCCAAAGUCGCUAACAGACGCAGUGAUGGACGUAACGUUAGUGAUCGACCCUUUUAUAGAAGAGUAUAACGACAGGACCUAUCUAAAGUGCGUAACGGGCGAGGAGGCGUAUGACAUCAAUUUUGGGCCAGUGCUGGAGUCUCAGCAGGAGCAGUUCUACGGGCUGAGCUCUGACCAGGUGGUGGUUGGAGACGUCUGGCCGGAGGGGUACCGCGGCGCCAUGUACUGGUUCCGACAGUCGGCAGGGGGCGCUCGUGUCGGAGCCUUCUUCUGUGACGUCACCGGCAGAGGCGGGAAGGAAAGAGUCACGGCGGCCAAGAUGAAACCUGGAGCGCCCAUCCAGCCCCGGGUCCUGACCACCACAGUGUCAGCUGGCGAGUCCGUCACCUUAAACAUGACGUCCUCCUCAGAACCUGCAGACAGGAUAGAGUGGAGAAAGGACGGGGACGUGCUUACUGGAGCUGACGCGCUGCAGUUCAGACUAGAAGACGUGCGAGUAGAAGACUCAGGGAUUUACGAGACGUAUUACGUCACGAACCAGACGGUGGGAGGGGGGCGCGCAAGGGCCGAGCAGGCCAUCAUGAGAUUACUAGUCAGAGCGUGUCCUGUAGGGCUGUGGGGAGAUGAGUGCAGUAUGAAAUGCCCAACGUGUUUUAACGGCGGAGUGUGUCACCCCAGGACAGGUGUGUGUGUCUGUCCACCCGGAUUCAACGGACCCAUCUGUGAAAAAGCGUGUAGUCCCGGUACAUUCGGGGCGGGCUGCAGCCUGACGUGUCACUGUGAGGGUGGUGUGAGCUGUAACCGCUUUACCGGCGUCUGUCCCGCCGACUGUGCGCCUGGGUACCUGGGAACUAACUGCCAGAUAGAGUGCAAGGCUGGUACGUACGGUCUGCACUGUGACGGGCGGUGUAACUGCCACGGCGGCGUCACAUGUAACAUCGUGGACGGGUCCUGUCCAGAGGGCUGUCCGGAGGGGUACAUGGGACCGGACUGUCAGGAAGAGAAUGGCUGCCUGUCCCACCCGUGUAUGUACGGUGGAACCUGCCAUCCCAUCGGCCAGGACCGGUACUACUGCAGGUGUACUGACGGUUACAUCUCCAGGGACUGUCAUCCUGGUUAG